AUGUAUUGGAAAAUCAUUCCAACCAUGUUGGUGCUGUUGGACUUCCUUCCAAUUACAGUUGCCCAUUGUAUGGUCCAUCCUGUUCCUGCCAGGAACUUUACAUUUCCCUGGAUGCUGCUGAACAAGACAUCUUGGAGCCCUUUCUCUGCUGGAGUUGAGAGCUGGUCUGGUUUGAGGGCAGAGCAAGGAGCACCCAAACCUCUAAUGAAUGAAGAAAGUUUUCUGUGUUGCCUUUGGAGUGCCAACAACAGUAGUUGUUCUUUGCACAGAGCAAACAUGCAGGCAAGGGAGUUUAUUCCUUCUGAAGUCAGUCUCUCUGCUUCCCAGGAAAUAGAUUCAAACUGGACCAUGGAAUGUUGGAUUAAAGGCAAGCUGGACCUGUUGGUUUGUAACCUGUGGGGUUUGAAGGUGGACUUGAGAGAUGAUGUGAAGGUUAAUCUUUUAUAUGCUGUAUCAGAACUGUCAGUGGGAGAUGUACCCACAGCCUCUCUCAAGGAGCCUCUGAGGGUUGCUGAGUGUCACUGCAGUGACAAUGACACAUGUGAGUGCCUUGUGCCUUCUCUGAGACUCAACCACACUUACCUCAUGUGGCUGAAGAUGGUGGUUAGUGCAACACCUCUGUGGUCACCUUUGAUGUCAGUCAAGCCCAUUGACAUAGUGAAGCCUGAACCUCCCAUGAACCUGCACCUGGAAAUGACAGACGGAGGGCAAGUGAGGAUCUGCUGGGCUGAGCCUGUGCUGCCAUUCCCGCUGCAGUAUCAAGUGAGGAUCUCUGCAAGCUCAGAGCCCAGUGGGUGGCAGAUGCUUCAAGUUGCUCUAGAAACAUCUAUGGCCAUUGACAAUGCUCUUCUUGAUUCUUCAUGCUUGGUACAAGUGAGGUGCAGGAGAGACCCUGGUCCAGGGUUCUGGAGUGACUGGAGCACAGCAUAUGAUCUCAGUUUGGGAGCUGAAGUCCUGUACUUCCCUCCCAAGCUCCUGACCAGUGUUGGCUCUAACACUUCCUUUCAGUGCAUCUAUAAACACCAAAGCAAGACUGUAGCAUCCAAGGAGGUUGUUUGGUGGCUGAACUUAGCCGAGGAAAUCCCAGCAAGUCACUAUACCCUUGUGAGCGAUCGCGUAAGCAAAGUUACUCUUUUCAACUUGAAAGCAACCAAACCUAGAGGAACUUUCUUCUAUAACACAUUGUACUGUUGUCACCAAAAUAGGGAAUGUCAUCCUAGAUACGCUGAAUUAUAUGUAGUAGACAUGAAUAUUAAUAUCACUUGUGAAACUGAUGGAUACUUAACCAAAAUGACUUGCAGAUGGUCUGCAAACCCCAACACAUUGCUGUUGGGGUCUUCCUUGCAGUUAAGAUACUACAGGAGCCAAAUCUAUUGCUCUGACUUGCCAAGUCCAUCUCCAAACUCAGAGGUGAAGGAAUGCCAUUUCCAGAAGAAUCACACCUAUGAGUGCACAUUUCAGCCUAUUUUCCUUUUAUCUGGAUACACCAUGUGGAUAGAGUUGAAGCACUUCUUAGGAACGCUUGAAUCCUCACCAACCUGUGUCAUUCCAGCAGAUGUGGUAAAGCCUCUUCCCCCCUCCAACGUUGGAGCAGAACUGACCAGGAAUGUUGGGAUGCUGAAUGUGAGCUGGACAAACCCCAUCUUCACCAACAGGGAUCUGCAAUUCCAGAUUCAGUAUGCAGUGAGCAGGGAAGACAUUCCAUGGCAGCUUUAUGAGGUGCCCCAGUCCCCAACCAGCUCAGCUGUGAUACCAGUUGAGCAGCUCUGUGUGGAAUACAUUGUCCAGGUGCGCUGCAGGGAGCCACGUGGAUCCAGGACAUGGAGUGAUUGGAGCAGCUCAGCCAGAACACUUGUGCAGGACAUCAGUGCUCCCUUGCAAGGCCCUGAGUUUUGGAGAGUUGUCACUGAAGAUCCAGCCAGGAGGCAGAGAAAUGUGACUCUCCUGUGGAAGCCACUGAUGAAGAACCGCUCGUUGUGCAGUGUGAGCCAAUACAUCAUCAGGCACCAGACAUCAGGAAACACCUCCUGGGCAGACUAUGUUGACCAUGGCACCACCUGGUCAUUUCCAUGGAUGGAGGACACACACACCAUCACAGUUUUAGCCAUGAAUUCCAUUGGAGUUUCUUCAGUUAACUUCAAUUUAACUCUCUCACAGCAGAUGAGCACAGUGAAUGCCGUGAGGUCCCUAAGUGCUUACCUAGUGAACGGCACCUGUCUUGGCUCUCUUUCCCCUCAAAGCUAUGUGCUAACAGCCUUUGUUAUUGAGUGGAAGAACCUGAACAGAGAAGAGGAGCUGAAAUGGGUGCAAAUCCCUCCACAUUUGAGUAAAUAUUACAUUUAUGAUCACUUUAUCCUGGUUGAGAAGUACCAGUUCAGGCUCUCCCCUGUGUUUGCUGGAGGAGUUGGCAAGUCCACAGCAACUGAUCAGUUCAGCAAAGGUGGAUUUGAAAGUGAGAGUAAUUCCAGCCUUUACAUGGUUGUGCCAGUUGUUAUUUCAAGCUCAGUUCUGUUACUUGGAGCAUUGCUGGUUUCACAACAAAGAAUGAAGAAGCUGCUUUGGGAGGAGGUUCCUAACCCCAAGAACUGCUCAUGGGCACAAGGAGUUAAUUUCCAGCAGCCUGAAGCUUUGGAGCAUCUUUUUAUCAAGCACCCUGAAGCAAUGUCCUUUGAGCCACUUCUCCUGGAAGCCGAGGUAGUGCUGGAAGACAUCAGUGUCAUCAAAGCCUUGAACAAAGAAGACACCCAAGAUCUUCUAGGGAUGGAUUCCAUGUUUACAGACCCUCAGGACUCAGGCCAAGGUUCUGCUUGCCCCAGCAGUCAGGGCAAUAGCAGCAGCUUCUCUGAGAGCUCUGAUGGCCACAGCAGUGGAGAAAUCAUGGCACGGUGUGACCUCAAAUACGCAACUGUCAUGGGUAACUCCAGAUCCAGUGAGCUCUUCCAGCAGAAGAUGAAUCCAAGGAGGUGUUUUAGUAGGUGCUUCUUAGUGGAAGAUCCUUCAGAGUUAGGUGCCUUCUCAGGUAGCACCUGGGAGGUAGGAGAUGGAGCCUUUCUGAUGCUCCCUGCCAGGCAGCCCAGCAAGACUCUGUCCCUCAUCUCUUCAGAUGGAUUUUCAGAGCCUUCUGACCAUGAAGAUGCCUCUACAGCUAGUCCUGAGCGCAGCCUGUACUACCUUGGGGUAACAGCGCUGGAAAAAGGGGAGAAGGACAUUUUUCUAACAGAGAGUUCUGGGGUGCUCUGUCAGUUCCACACAAGGGAUCUGGUCAUGGAUGUGGGAGUUCUUCAGCACACACCAAGGAACGUCAAAGAGUUUAUCCAAAGCAGCCUCAAGUCUAAAGCCACAGUGCCAUAUGUGCCUCAGUUCCAGUUGGCUGCUGCCAAGGGGCAGGAGGCCACAGAGAACAACUAA